AUGGUCCACUCAACAAGUGACGAACGUGCUGUACACUUAUCAAGAGAGGCUAUUGAGUUGGUAGAUGCUGGUCAUCGCGAGGCCGCCUCACGAAAUCUCCGAGAAGCCCUCUCUUUAGCUCCAGAGAACCCGACCGUCAGAGAUGCGUUUUUGAAGAUUCAGGAAGAGGAGGAAAAUAGUCACCAUUUGCUAGAUCUUUGCCGACGAUAUGCCUCUCGUAAGGAUGAGGAAGCCGGGAAAGACGCUGCCCUGUAUCUUCGCACCGAUGGUCUGAAGCCUCCCGAGGGCGUCGCACUGGAAUGUGCUAAGCUUCUGUUGAUGCAAAGAGCGCAUGUGCUCUCCUCGCUGCAGGAUGAGAUUCUCUCGGGUUUAGUUCGGCAGAAUGUCAGCGUCCGACAAUAUUUCUCUGACCAGUUGCAAGUUUCGGUGACCACGUUCUUUGAUGAAAUCUAUGAUAGAGGCGAUAACGCCGCAGUGUGUCUGGACACAGUUGUUUUGGAUCAUGCUGUAUGGCCGUCAGAGGACACUCGCUUACAUUGUGAACGCGAGCUGUUUCAACUGUUCGUCGCCAAACUUAUGGAGUCAGGUCAUGACCAAGACGGUCGCUCCCUCAAGGGCAUUGCGCGACUACUUGCUGUCGAUGUGAUUAAAUUAGAGGAUCUGGUAGAUGAUGAAGGGCUAGAUGUGAUUCUAUCAUCCCUGGAUAAUCGGCUACCGUUUGAGCUGAGGAGCCAAGCAACCCUGGCUACCGUCAAGUAUCUCGAAGCUUCGGGAGAGACUGGGGAAAAGCGAUUCUCCAAGCUCAUCUCUGCCAAGACUACCAAAGGUCGGUUUGAUGAUCUGAUCGUGGCCUUUUCUGCCACGGCGGCGGUUUUCCCUGUGGUCCCCGAGGUGGCAGCUUCUCUCUUCUUAUCCGAAGGCUUCAUACCCUCGUUGGCGCCUGUGACUACCAGGGAUGCCAAACGCCGAAAAAUCGAGAUCGCCGUGUUGGAGCUGUUAAAUGCAGCGUGCAUCAACAAGGCGUGUCGAGAAACCAUCUCCAAGGAUCUCUCAGACUGGCUCUCCCACACGUUGACCAACGGCAAUGACCAGAGCUCCGAAUUAGCUGCGGUAAUAUUGGCGAAGAUCCAGACAUCUGCAAAGAAUGGGGUGGAGGCAAACGGUAAGACUCAGGGGGAAGAAAGUAAGGUUGCGGAAUUGGUUGAUCGAUUCAAGGGACUGAUGUCGAAACAUAAGGGUGAAACUAUACCAAAUGUGAUUGAAGGUUUGGCAUACUCGUCGGUCAAACCAAGUGUGAAAGAACAACUUGCCAAAGACUCGAGCUUCCUGCACGAUUUGAUCAGCACCAUGCAGCAGAAUUCAACGGACUCGUCGGUUCUCUAUGGCGGUCUAAUGGUUAUCGUGAACCUUACGCAGUUCCUUCCGAACCUGUCCGAAGAACAAAAGAAGGUGUCUCAGCUGAAAUUGUAUGCGGAGGCUUCUCCCAAUGCCAGAACGGGGCCGAAUCCGCUCGAAAGUGAUCAACAUGUCAUGGCUCGUUGCAACGCCGUCGUCGCAGCUGGCAUUAUGCCUCUUUUGGUAGACUGUGGCAAGACCGCCUUGCCAUCGGUUCAGGGCCUGAUAAGCAAAAUCUUGCUUUCUCUCUCCCGGGACCAGAAAUUGAGAGGAAUACUAGCCCAGAAGGGGGCCGUCAAACUGUUGCUUCACAUAGCGACCCCUAGACAGGGAAGCUCUGGCUCAAUCUCGAACGAAUCGAUGCAGAAUGGGUCGCACGCCUUAGCACGCAUCUUAAUCUCUGUAAACCCUUCUCAUGUUUUCCCGUCAUCUGGAUUUUCUCAGAUUACUUCUGCUGUUCGACCUUUGACAUCUCUUUUGAAGUCACCUGAAACGUCCACCUUGUCGGCUGAACAACCACGGGAUCUCUUGCCCGUGUUCGAGAGCCUUCUUGCUCUCACCAAUCUUGCCUCGUAUCCCGAUGAAACUGUGGCGGAUGCUAUUGUCCGCCAGUCUUGGCCUGUCGUGGAAGAUCUCCUCCUUUCGAACACCACCGCUAUCCAGAGAGCUGCGUGCGAACUGGUCUGCAAUCUGAUGACCUGUGAAUCGGGGAUUGUGAAAUUCGCCGACGGCUCCAAGCGAGCUGCGCAACGAUUGCACAUUCUCCUGGCCCUCACCGAUGCUGAUGAUGUCGCGACUCGACGUGCCGCCGGUGGUGGCCUGGCUAUGUUGACCGAAUUCGAUGCGGUCAUUGCUGGUGUCCUCGACCGACCCCGUGGAGUCCAACUAUUGUUGGGACUUUGCCAAGAAGAUGACGAAGGGCUAGUGCAUCGCGGAGUCGCCUGUGUGCGCAACAUGACCUCCGUAGCCUCGGGGGAUAUUGGCCGGCGUGCUAGAGAAGCCGUGAAAAAUAGUGGAGGCGUAGACAAGCUUACUAGUGUGCUUAAGAAGUCCUCGAAUCCUGCUAUCUUGCAGACAGGGGUGGAAGCUCUGAAACCCUUGGUCGAAUAG